CACAACCACCAGAGCAAAUUCCAUCCAGCCUAGCUAGCCAUGGAGACGGAGCCACCCAAGAUGCUCGCCGUGAUGGCGACGAUGAUGAUGAUGAUGGCCACCGCCGCUGCACUCGUACCGGAGGGGGCGGUGCUUGCAGGACAGGCGAGGGCGCUCCUCGUCUGGAAAGCCAGCCUCGACGACCAAAGCCAGCACACACUGCUGUCCUGGGAGAACAUGUCGGCGCCCUGCAGCUGGCGUGGCAUCACGUGCACAGGGCAACAUCGCCGGCCGGUGAUCAGCGGCAUCUCUCUGCAGGGGAUGCGGCUUAGAGGGGCGCUGGGGCCACUCGACUUCUCAGCCUUGGCGACCCUGACGCGCCUCGACCUCUCGCACAACCACCUCAGCGGGAGCAUCCCUGCCGGCAUUGAGGCCCUCGGAGAGCUCCGUGCUCUGCUUCUACAAGGCAACCAGAUAAGAGGCUCCAUUCCACUAGGCCUAGCAAAUCUCACAAAAUUACGCUCCUUAAUGCUUAAUGAAAAUGAACUCUCCGGUGGAAUACCAAGGCACAUAGGCAACAUGAGUAAUCUUGUGAACCUCACCUUGUCGGUCAAUCACUUGGUUGGUCAAAUCCCCUUUGAAAUAGGCCACCUAAAGCACUUGGUUACAUUAGAUUUUUCUAAUAACAAUCUUUCCGGCUCAAUCCCAAGCAAUAUAUGUGACUUGACAAAACUUGCUACCUUGUACCUUGACGCCAACCAACUCUUUGGACACAUCCCUCGAGAACUUGGUCAUUUGGUCAAUUUAAAGGACCUGGGCCUUAGCCGAAACAAGCUGAUAGGUUCCAUCCCAAAUAACUUGAGAAAUUUAACAAAACUCACUGCCUUGUAUUUUGGACAGAACGAACUUCCUGGCCAAAUUCCACAAGAUUUAGGUUAUCUAGUGAAUUUAAAGGUCUUGGAUCUUUGUCAAAACACGUUCUCAGGUUCCAUUCCAAUAAAUUUGUUUAAUUCGACGAAGCUCACUAUCUUAUCUCUAUGGGGCAACAGGCUCUCUGGUCAAAUUCCACAAGAAUUAAGUCAGCUAGUUAACUUGGAGGAAUUAGAACUUAAUACAAACACACUAUCAGGUUCUAUCCCAAUCACUAUAGGGAAUUUGACCAAACUCACUAGAUUAUACCUUUUCCAGAACCAACUUUCGGGGCAAAUUCCACGGGUGCUAGGUUAUAUGAUGAACUUAAAAGAAUUGGCUCUAUAUGAAAACACACUCUCAGGGAACAUUCCAAGAAAUUUAUGUAAUUUGACCAAGCUCACUGUCUUAAUUCUUUCACGCAAUAGACUUUCUGGUCAGAUUCCACAAGAAUUAGGUUACCUUGUGAACUUAAAUGACAUGGAUCUUACUUUUAAUACACUCUCAGGUCCUAUCCCAGUCACCAUAGGCAAUCUGACAAAACUCAAUAUAUUAAGCCUUUUUAUGAACCAACUUUCGGGGCGAAUUCCACGAGAAUUGGGUUACCUUGUGAACUUAGAGGAGUUGGAUCUUAAUAUUAACAAACUAUCAGGUUCCAUCCCAAACAGCUUACGAAGUUUGACAAAGCUCACCAAGUUAUGCCUUGCACAAAACCAACUCUCUGGAUCUAUUCCUCAAGGAAUUGGCAAGUUAACGAGCCUAGUUCAACUGCAACUCCCUUUUAACAACCUCUCUGGUUCCUUGCCAUCUGGUCUUUGUGCGGGAGGUCAGCUACAAUUUUUGAUCGUUAACGACAACAACUUGGUUGGACCCUUGCCAUCAAGUUUGCUAAGUUGUACAAGCCUAGUCAGGAUUCGACUUGAACGGAAUUACCUCGAAGGAGAUAUCACCGAGAUGGGAGCUCAUCCAAAUCUUGUCUAUAUUGAUAUAAGUUCAAAUAAACUAUUUGGUAAACUAUCUCAUCGUUGGGCUGAGUGCUACAAUCUUACAGUGCUACGUGCAUCAAAAAACAAUAUAACCGGAGUAAUACCAUCAAGUAUUGGGAAAUUAUCUUGGUUGGGGAUACUUGAUGUUUCAUCAAAUAAGCUUGAAGGACAAAUUCCUCCAGAAAUCGGCAAUAUAACGAUGUUGUUCAGUUUGAGCCUUUUUGGUAACUUGCUCCAGGGAAAUAUGCCCGCAGAAAUUGGAUCACUGAAAAAUGUGGAAUAUCUAGAUUUAUCAUCAAACAACCUAACUGGGCAGAUACCAGGAUCAAUUCAGCAUUGUUUGAAGCUUCACUCUCUAAAGUUGAGCCAUAAUCACUUCAAUGGUAUAAUUCCUAAUGAACUAGGGAUGUUGGUAAACCUACAAGAUAUGUUGGAUCUAAGUGAAAAUUCAAUUGAUGGCGCUAUUCCUAGUCAACUAGGUGGUCUUACUAUGCUUGAAGCCUUGAAUCUUUCUCACAAUGCACUGAACGGCAGCAUUCCACCAUCAUUCCAGAGCAUGAACAGCCUCCUAUACAUGGAAAUGUCAUACAACAAAUUAGAAGGGUCAGUGCCACAUACUAGGCUCUUUGAAGAGGCUCCAAUCAAAUGGUUUAAGCAUAAUAAGAAAUUGUGUGGUGUUGUAAGAGGUUUGCCCCCUUGUGAUCUUCCUCAAAGUAGUGAACAAGGGAAAAAUUCUGGUGCUAUUUUACUCUCUAUAAUAGCCGCAAUUGCAUCUUUUAUGUUUGUCAUUGCACUGGUAACAUGGCAGUGCAAAAAGAAGAAAACCAAGACAGCAGUUAUAGAUAAAUCACAACAAACCAAGAUGUUCACCAUUUGGAAUUUUGAUGGGGAAGAUGUGUACAAGAAAAUUGUUGAUGCCACAAACAAUUUCAGCAACGCUCAUUGCAUUGGAUCUGGAGGUAAUGGAUCAGUCUACAGAGUCCAGUUACCAACAGGUGAAUUGUUUGCAGUGAAAAAGAUCCAUAUGAUGGAAGAUAAUGAGCAAUUUAACCGUGAAAUACAAGCAUUGAUGUAUAUUCGACAUCGGAACAUUGCAAAGUUAUUUGGUUACUGCUCUGCAACCCAAGGAAGAUUUCUUGUGUAUGAAUACAUGGAUAGAGGAAGCUUAUCAGCAUCUUUGAAGGGUACAGAAACUGCAGUUGAAUUGGAUUGGCCGAAGAGGUUAAAUAUUGUUUGCGAUGUUGCUCAUGCUUUGUCUUACAUGCAUCAUGACUGCUUCGCACCGAUAGUCCACCGAGAUAUAACAAGCAACAACGUUUUGCUUGACCUGGAAUUUAGAGUUUGCAUCUCAGAUUUUGGUCUAGCGAAAAUACUAGAUGUGGAUGCAUCGAACUGCACUAGUCUCGCAGGGACAAAAGGAUAUCUUGCCCCAGAGCUUGCAUACACAACAAGGGUGACGGAGAAGUGCGAUGUUUAUAGCUUUGGGAUACUUGUUCUAGAGCUGUUCAUGGGACAUCAUCCAGGUGAUUUCCUUUUGUCCAUGGGCAACAACAAAAAUAGUACAUCAAUUGAGAAAUUUCUGGACACCCGGCUCCCACUCCCUGAAGCUGAGGUCGCAACUAAGAUAUUUCAAGUGGUCGCCAUCGCUGUUCGGUGCAUAGAGCCCGAUCCAUCGCACCGUCCGACGAUGCAGCAAGUAACCAAGGUGUUGUCAGCAGCUGAGCGACCUGCUAAUAAUCUUGAUUAUCUCCACACUAGCAUUGUCAUCCCUGCCUGCUGGUCGUGAAUGUUCAUCUGAUUAUUACAUCCGACACUGUAUAUAACACAUCAUUUUAUUCGCUAGAUAGCUUGUUUUCUGCUAUAUAUCAUUCGCACCUACUGGUUGGCAAUUAACUACAUCUAAAU